UCGAGAGAGGACAGGCAAGGCCCUCCCACUGUUGUUCAUAUUACUCCGAAAUUCCGUUCACUAAGUUAACCCCGGCCGUCGUGCGUGCGUCUGCUACAGCUCCCUGCCUCUCCUCUGGCAGCAGAUACUGAAGAUAGUUUCGCGUGACAGAGCCCAGCGCGAACCACAACGGAAUGGCGCUCUUGCACAAGGUCAUGCUGGCGACUGCGCUCAGCAUGGCCUUCGGGGCAACAGAACGAACAGAUACCGUGGAGCCACAGCAGCCUGGGGGGUGCCAGGCACUGCCAUCGCUCCUUCAGUCCGCGGGCUCGUCCCUAACGUGCAUUGCAGCCUCCUUGAUCAACUUUCAAGCAAAUGAAAAUGCUCAGCUCUCCAUUGUGCAAGACCUGCGCGACACCAUGUCCGAGGUGCGGCGAGCGAUUCUCGACGCGGAGAAGCAGCGGCGGCGGCCGAGGCACUGCCGCGACCUGCAACUCGGCGGCGACUCCGAGUCGGGCGUCAGGCGCGUGUUCCCCUUCCGCGACUCGCCUGACGCGGCUGCGACCGUCUACUGCGACCAGGAGACCGACGGCGGCGGCUGGACGGUGAUCCAGAGGCGGCUCAAGCUCCCUGUGAGGGAGGACUUCUACCGCACGUGGGUCGAGUACGAACUCGGCUUCGGCCACAUGGACGGCGGCGAAUUCUGGCUGGGCCUCGGCCUCGUGCACCACCUGACCUCGACCGGCCUGCAGGAGAUGAGAAUCGACCUCACGGACUACGAGGACAACGCGAAGUGGGCCAAGUACGGGGUCUUCCACCUGGGGGACGCCAGCACCAAGUAUCGGCUGAGAGUCGGCAGAUACAGUGGCACAGCUGGCGAUGGCUUCGGCAAUGAUCACAACAACCACUCAUUUUCCACGUACGAUAACGCCAACAACGGCUAUGAUGAGAACUGUGCGGUCAGGUAUCGCGGUGCUUGGUGGUAUGACAAGUGCCACAUCUCCAACCUGAACGGUUUUCCUUAUGAAGGCGACCAUGAGAGCUAUGCGGAUGGCAUCGAGUGGAUACCCUGGAGAGGAUAUCAUUACUCGCUAAAAACUACAACAAUGAUGAUAAGGCCAGCAUUCUGAAGCUUCUGCUGCUGCUACUAUUACUACUACUACUACUACUACACACACACACACACACACAUACACCAUACCGUGUACAUAAACACGAUUUGUGUAAGCUAUUAAACAUAGACCGCGUGGCUGUUUGCCACGUAGCUCGAAGUCCAGUAAAGAACCAGCGCCUCAGCGAGGACUUAGAUGACGAGUAUAUUUGACUUUGUUUGGCCUCUCAGACGUGCCCCAGCACUCGCGGGCUCAGGUCAUAUCACCAGACCCCCGCCCCCACCAGGACUAGUCCAGACUCGUCUCGUGUGUUACCAUCACUGUGCUGCACUCUUCCAUAAUAAAGGGUCAAGCCGUUAUAGAACCACUAUGUCUACCCCAGCAAACCAGUGUUUAAUGGCCCCUCUAUAUGCCUAUUACACACACACGCAUUCUGUUGAUAUUAACUGUAUCAAAAAUAGUUAGCAGUUAUCAUAAGCAUAGGUGUUAGUUUGGGUAUUCCAAAUACAUGGCUACAAAUGUAAUUCUUUAAAUGGUUAUUAUGAAGUUUAAAAUAUCUGUAUUCCGAAAGUAAACAUCAGUAUACCAAUAUAUUUACUUCCUUCUCUGUUACCCAGACACGAGAAACGUAUAUUUUCAUUAAAAAUAUUAAGACAGUAAAAAAAAUGUUUACCUGAUGUUUCUCUGUGCAAUGGAAAAUUGGUUUGGCAUAGUAUUAGAAUAACACGUAUUAAAAACGUUUUAGAACAACGAGGCAGGUUCCGUGUCAACAGGACAAAACAGUCAGACCAAAAUCCUCAUCCGGUCUGGUCUAACACAAAAUGUCAGAUGUGGAAAGACGCCCAAUAUUAUCUGUCUUUAUGUCUAUUUGCAUUUUUUCAAUUAAUUGGGAUUUUUUUUUCAGCCGAAUUUCAAGUUUAAGCUAUGGAGGCGAAGUUAAAUUUCCAUUCAACUCAUUCAAAUAUUUAUUCAAUUUUGUGACUCUUCAUUUGGCUAUUUAAAGAGUACUUAAAAUCUGUUUUAUAAUGAAACGCACGUGAAAAUGGUACAGGAUUAUACAGAAUUGUGAAAACUUAAUGUUUAGGCUCGGAAACAUUGUAUGUAAUUUUUAUAAUACAAUUUUUUUUAUCAAGAAACAUAAGAUUCGGUUCGCAAUUAAUCAAAAUAUAAAAUCCUUAAAUUAGACUACAUGAUAUAUAUAUCUAUAAAAUACCGUGCUCUGAUUGGUUGGCCGGUGUGUAUCACAUUGUAUCAAGGCAUACG